AUAUAUUCCUCUGAAUUUUAAGAUGAAGUGGACGAAUUGAAAACACCAAAAUGAACGUGAAUCUAAGGAUCUUGGAUUCAGGAGUCAGGACCGAAGCCUGGGGUCGAAGAAUAUACAAGAACUAAGCAAACUUCGUUAAAACCCAAAAUCCAUUUCUUCGACUAAAUCGCCACUCUUUUUCAUAACAAGAAACGUCUCUAUCUCACACAUGCGCGCACAAAGUAUCUUUCUGUUUAUGUUCUGAACCUAAUUUGGUCUAAGAGUAAAGAUUGUAGAGAGAUAUGGAGAGUCCAUUAGUAAUGCGCCAUAAAGAUUCAUCAGAUAUUGGGCGUUUAGACAUGCAGCUGAUCGGGACGUUCUUGAGUUUCGCGUCAAGGGGGGAUAGAGUUGGCCUAAACCAGAUGUUGAGGCAAGGUAUUUCUCCCAAUGUGCAGGACUAUGAUAAACGAACUGCUCUCCAUCUUGCUGCUAGUGAAGGCCACGCCUCCAUUGUUGAGCUUCUUUUGGCUUACAAAGCUGAUGUUAAUCUCAAUGAUAGGUGGCGACGCACUCCCUUGACAGAUGCGAAAUUGUAUGGGCAUCGCGACAUAUGCAGGAUCCUUGAGGUCUAUGGUGGCAAGGAUUCCAACAGUGAUCAUCCUUUGACUGUUCGGCGCGAAGAGGAUUCAGUUGAAGUGAAUAUUGACAUAUCUGAACUGAACUUGCAGCACUCAUCAAUCAUUGAGCAGGGUUUAUUUGGGGAGUCGGAAAAGGUCAAAUGGCGUGGAACAUGGGUGGUCAAAACAGUAAUCAAAAGGGUGUUCUCUGCAAAGGUCAAUACUUUGCUGAGGGAACUUCGACAUCCAAAUAUUCUACAGUUUCUUGGAUCAAUUGUGCAUGGAGAUGAAAUGAUCUUGAUCACUGAGUAUUUGCCAAAAGGGAAUUUGCAAGAUAUUUUGAGAAAGCGCCUUGACCCCCCAACUGCUUUGCGUUAUGCGCUUGACAUUGCUAGGGGAAUGAAUUACCUCCAUCGGCACAAGCCUUUGCCUAUAGUUCACAAUAACUUGCAUCCGAAGAACUUGUUACUAGAUGAAGGUGGGCACUUGAAGAUUGGCGAAUAUUGGGUUCAAAUAUUGGAUAACCGGAUAUAUGCAAAUCAAGAUUGUUGCCAAUUAAACAACGGAUGCAACUUUAUCAGUCAUUUGUCUCAUGACAUUAGCAAAGAUAUUUAUUCAUUUGGUCUCAUCUUUUAUCAGAUGCUGGAAGGAAAACAAAUAACUGACAGGAUUUCUGAUUUGGAGAAAAAGCUGUAUACAGGUCGAUACCCCAGCAGAAUUCUUCAGUUAAUAGAGGACUGCACCAACACAGUUCCUUGUACGAGACCAUCAUUUGCUACUGUCAUAGAAAUCCUAGAAGAAGUCUCUUUAUUAUCACGAAAAGCAGGUUGUCCGCCGUGUAACAAAAGCAAAAGCCCUAAGUAGAGAAAUUUGCUUAGUAGUAUUAAUAAGUCAGUGAAAAGUUUAUGAGUUUUCCUACUUGACUUUCAUCUUUUUGACUGUGUUAUUGUUUAUGAAUUCUUCCUUUUUCUUAUCUUUUAGUAUUA